UAGAAAUAUGGGUUUCUAGUUGAGUUUUCAAUUAAAACCACUUGUUUCAUGUUGUAGUUCAUUUUACCUGUUAACAAUGUUAGGUGAGUUUGCUGGUUUGACACUGGAGGAUAAAGUGGAAUAUAUGGACACAUCUGAAACGCAAUGGUACUGGUAUUACAAAGCAAAUUGUGGUGUCUGGCACAGAGUUGAGGAUGACCCAGAAAACUUUAUGUUCAGUGAUGAUUUGGAGAGAUAUUACCUCAGAAACCCACAAGGGGUUAUAAACAUGACUGCAGCUGGAGUUCAGAUACAGAUCAACUUUGCAGCAAGGACACAGUCCAACUUAAAAACUGGGAAAACAAGGAAGAUUAAACGCUCAUUUCUGACUGAGAUUGGCUUCAGAUGCAAAUGCGAUGACAUUUCCCAAUCUCUACCAGCACACUGGGAGGAUUUUGAUCCCAAAAAACCUUAUCAGGUGACAGGAAGUGCUUAUCAUAGUGCUACAUUCUUUUCUUUUUUUUACAGUCUAUGGGUUGUGGGAACUGUGGUGACUUUCUCUUUGAAAAUGUUCUCUUAUCCCAAUCAGUUAAUCUCUCUGAGAAAAGAGAGCAGCGAAUAUCAGAAGAUGGAGAGAUAUGUCAGGGAUGUCGGCUUACUGCGUGAUCCCAUGAUCGUAUCCAUCAACAGAAUACAAAACGUGGAUCUUUGGGAAUUGUUUUGUAGGAAAAAAACCCAGUUGAUGAGGAUAAAAGGACAAUCAGAUAUCGAAGAGCAAAUGCUGUUUCACGGCACAAGCGCGAAAAACGUGCACUCUAUUUGCACGUUUAAUUUCAAUUGCAGACUAUCAGACAAGAGGAGACGGGGACACGUAUUAGGGAAAGGAACCUACUUUGCGAAACACGCAUCCUUAGCUACCAGAUAUAGUGAAAACGGCAGCCAAAGUACCAAAGUAAUGCUGGUCGCCCGUGUUCUCGUCGGCAAGUACAAAACAGGCCAUCAAGAUUAUUGUACACCCGAUGAUGACCAGGAUGAAAACAUACAUGAUAGUUGUGUAGAUGAUGCAAUCGGUCCAAGGAUUUUUGUUAUCUUUGAUUCCAAUCAGAUAUAUCCCGAGUAUGUGCUUGAAUAUCGCUGAAGAUAAACGUAUCACCGCAACAAUGAAUGCUGAAGAAUUGGUGAAAUGUGUGUAAAAUGCCAGAAUGUAGUAUAUAUAAAGGAAUCUUUGGGGAAAUAUUUGGGAUUUUAUGCAUUUUAGAGGUAUUUUGCUGUUUUAUUUUCAUCCAGAUACAGUAAACGCAUCAGAACCUCACAUGAAGAAUUGUUUUCCUGCU